AUGUCCGGUCAAAAUAUGAGUGUGCCUUCUCAGCGUUCAGUCGUCGGGUUAUUCUCUUGGCUCAACUAUUGUAACCAUUUUUAUUCUUUACUUUUUGUGUUCGUACGCGUGAAAUCAUGGCUGAUAACAAGGCUCUCCUCUCUGACAUCCACAAUGCUGACCUUAACUCUUUCCAACAUGUGGUCCCAAAGACGAAAGACAACCUACCCACAGGCCAAGAAAUUGCACAAGAGAAAACCGAGCAGGAACUGCGUAAUUCCAUUGGUGACUUUAACAAAUAAACAAACUAUUGCAAAGGAGAAAACUGAGAAAGAGCUUAUAAAUUCAAUAACUGACUUCAAGAAAGAUGAUCUUAAACAUGCUGAUACACAAGAAAAAACGUUCCUGCCAACCAAAGAUGCCAUUGUGAAAGAAAAGACUGAACAGGAACUUAUCAAUUCCAUCGGUGACUUUAAAAAAGACGGCCUGAAACAUACAGAAACUGUAGAAAAAAAUCCAUUGCCGACCAAAGAUGAUAUUGAGAAGGAAAAGUCUGGAGCUUAA